AUGGCGCAGAGAACGGAGAAGGAAGAGACGGAGUUCAAAGUACUCGAAACCUUGACGACGCUCUGCUCCAAUAACUGCGGCGUCACAGCGAACCCGGCAACCAACAACAUGUGUCAGAAAUGUUUCAACGCCUCCGUCGCAGCCGUCUCCGCCGGUGUAGAUUCCGGUUCGAUCCUGAAGAGAUCCGCGAGAUCCCUCAAUCUUCGGUCACCACCGGCCAAAGUCGUAAUUCGGAGCAGGGAGAUCGACCCGGUGAAGAGAGAUCAACAGAUCGUUAACCGAUGCUCCGGUUGCCGGAAGAAGGUCGGGUUGACCGGAUUCAGGUGCCGGUGCGGUGACCUUUUCUGCUCCGAGCACCGUUACUCAGAUCGCCACGAUUGCAGCUACGACUACAAAACCGCCGGUCGCGAGGCGAUCGCUCGUGAAAACCCGGUCGUCAAGGCGGCGAAGAUGGUCAAAGUUUAA